AUGACUAGUCAUGAAUAUUUGAAGUGUUAAGGUUAAAAAUUACAAAUAAAAUAUAUUUAUUUUUUGAUGUUAUUAUUAACUUUAUAAUUUCUUAUCUACUUCUGCUAUUGUUUUAAUGAAGAAGAAUAAGUAAAAUUUAGAAAUCAAUAAAUAAGAGCAUCUUAACAAAUCCAAUACAGGAGUAUCAUUUAAUAGAAUGUGAGAUAGAUGAUUAAUGUAAUCAAUGCAAUUAAAUUUAAAUGAAUGAAAUAAAAUAAUGUUAAGUGAGUCGACAAAUACAAAAGAUGAUUUGUUAUUAUUAAUUGGGAGAUGAUGAAUAAAUUAAAUAUCCUUAAGUAGAUUAUAAGGCAUGCCAUAAAAUAGGCAUAUUCUAAAGGGAAUUUUUACUUGUUAUAAUAAUUUUUGGAAUAACACUAUUUUCUUGGAAUAUUGUCAGUAAGGAGAAAGAUGAGAGUGAGAAAUAGUUACUCUAUAAGAUUUUGAAAUGAUUGUGAUUAAAAUAUAUCGUAGAGUAAUUAAUAUAUUCUUAAGAAAAUUCAACCUUAUAAAAAAAUAAGAAGAAAUUAAGAGAAUUGCUUAAUUUAAUUGAUAUGAUGUUUUGAACUUUUUAUAAAAAAAAUUAGAUAUGAG